AUGGGCCACACCAAGAAAUGGAUUUUCCAAGCCGUGCCUGGUUAUUUCGAGAGCCAUGCCGACAUAGCCAAGCAGUUGCCAAAUGAGAGAUUUAUCACGCAGCCACGUCUGGCUCUGCUAUCGCGUGAGUAUCCUACAGACACCGAGGAUAUGCGAAAUGACAAAGACUGGGAACGAUUCGCCAACCAUGUGAGGUCUCUGAAUCGAGAUGCCCCGGCCAAUGUCUCAUACAAGGUUUUGUACCUUACUCGUCACGGGUUUGGAUAUCACAACCAGAAGCAUAGGGAGGUGGGGACCGAGGCAUGGGAUAGCUAUUGGUCUUUGCUGAAAGGAGACGACAAGAUUACUUGGUUCGAUUCAUUCCUGAACAAGGAAGGAGUCCAACAGGCUGAGAAUCUUGGAGAGUUCUGGCGCCAUGGGGUGGCCGCUGAUGGCAUGCCAAUUCCACAAACGCUCUACACAAGCCCAUUGGCAAGGUGCCUCCAAACCACAGAAAUCGUAUUUUCCAGGCUGAUGAGGACCAAUGGCGCCCUGUUCUGUCCGGUCGUGAAGGAGCAAAUUCGUGAGCGCUUCACAGUUCAUACUUGUGACCUGAGAAGGCCGAGAACUUGGAUUGAGCAAAAUUAUCCAGGGUACACAAUUGAGGCUAACGUCACCGAAGAGGACCAAUUCUCGGGCCAAACACGAUGGGAAACCCGCGAUGAGCAUAAUGCGCGGAAGCAGGAAGCAUUAGAACAAAUAUUCUCGUCGGAUCAGAGCGAAUUUGUUUCAUUGACCGUUCACAGUUUUGCUAUUGAAGCAAUAUUAGAAGUGUGCAAUGGCGAAGAGUUUAGGGUCAGGGAAGGCACAUCGCUGGCCCUUCUUGUAAGAGGCGAGGAGUGCUCAGCACCAAUCGCGGAGGCAAACGGAAUCGAUGUUGCAGCCACCUUGAUUCCGAACUGA